AUGUUCUUUAGCCAACAGCCCGUCCACCUCGCUCGUGCGGACGAGUUGAGGCAAGAGCCUCCAAAGGGCUCACCGUAUUCGGUGGCCCUUCCUGGGACUGAGCAGCCUGGGCGGAGUAGGGUCUACCGUGCCUAUUUUGCACAAAAGGAACUCGUGAGGACAUUGGAUCCACAGGUUCUCACUGCGCAUGACCUCUUCGACUCGACCGCAAACCGAGUACCGAAAAAUCAUUGCCUGGGAUGGCGCCCGUACAACCCGACAACAAAGGCCUUCGGCCCAUACCAGUGGCUAGAUUACCAGACGGUUCAAAAGCGGCGGGCUGAUCUCGGUGCUGGGUUGGUAGAACUGCACCACAAACACAAUUGUCAUCGUCCUGGCCAGUACGGUAUCGGACUGUGGUGUCAAAAUCGCCCAGAAUGGCAAAUUACAGAUCUGGCAUGCAUGUCUCAAGGUUUGUAUUCCGUAUCAAUCUAUGAUGUCCUUGCCUCAGACGCAACCGAGUAUAUUAUAAACCAUGCAGAGCUGCACUGUGUCGUUACCUCAUUGCCGCAUAUCCCAACUUUGCUCAAGCUGAAGCCUCUCCUACCCAAUCUGAAAAUUAUCAUCAGCUUGGAUCCUCUUGAUGGUGGCGAACAAGUUGGCCAUUCAAAGCGAUCCCUUUUAGAGUCAGUGGCUGCUGGACAAGACGUCUCGAUUUAUACGAUAGAUCAAGUUGAGGAACUCGGUGCCACUUCGAAUCGCCCUUACAAUGCCCCUAAGCCUUCCGACAUCGUCACCAUUAACUAUACCUCUGGUACUACGGGCCCUCCAAAGGGUGUUGUGCUGACGCAUGAGAACGCCGUUGCAGCCACUGCGGGGGCUCUUGUUACUACCCAGCAGGCCGCUGGUGAUACAUUAGCAUCAUAUCUUCCGUUAGCUCACAUCUAUGCACGUUUAUCAGAACAUGCAGCUUUCUGGGCGGGUGCCCGGAUCGGCUACUUCCAUGGGAAUAUCGUGGAGCUGGUCGAUGACCUUAAGUUGCUGAAGCCCACCGGGUUUAUGUCGGUUCCCCGUCUUUAUAGUCGAUUUGGGAACGCCAUUCGUGCCUCAACUGUGGACCAACCAGGUUUCAAGGGCGCGUUGUCGAGACAUGUCGUUUCGACCAAGACAGCCAACCUGAGGAAUCCUGAUCCCUCUAAGGCCACUGUUAAACAUGCCUUGUAUGACCGGAUAUGGUCCAAGAAGGUCGCUGCUGCCCUAGGCUUAGAACGUACGAGAAUGAUGGUCUCCGGCUCUGCGCCCCUCGAUCCUUCUCUCCACAACUUUCUCAGAGUUGCUACCGGUGCUGAUCUCGUCCAGGGUUAUGGUUUGACUGAGACGUACGCCAUGGCGUGCGCCCAGUCUUCCAAAGAUCUGACCGCUGGCAACUGUGGACGCCUGGCACCCUGCACGGAAGCGUGCCUGGCGUCUCUUCCUGACAUGGAUUACUCUGUGGAGGAUAAACCCUAUCCUCGUGGUGAAUUACUUCUCCGAGGCACAAACGUUUUCAAGGAGUACUUCAAGAAUCCCGAAGAGACUGGCAAGGCCAUCACUGAAGAUGGAUGGUUCCGGACAGGCGAUGUCUGUACAAUAGAUGAAAUGGGCCGCAUUAUUAUCAUUGACCGCCGGAAAAAUGUCCUGAAGCUAGCCCAGGGAGAGUACAUCUCACCAGAGCGGUUGGAGGGCGUUUAUCUUUCCGAGCUGGGGUACUUUGCGCAGGGCUAUAUCCAUGGUGAUAGCGUUCAGACAUUCUUGGUUGGGAUUUUCGGGGUCCAGCCUGAUGCAUUCGCUGCAUUCGCCAGCAAAGUGCUCGGCCAUUCCAUCAGUGAGACCGAUGUUGAAGGCAUUAGGUCUGUAUUGAAUGACGAUAAGAUUAGAAAGGCAGUGCUGAAGGACCUCGAGAGAGUUGCGAAGAAGCACAAGCUGGCAGGCUACGAGAGGGUCAAGAACUGCUCUUUGAUGCUUGAUCCGUUCACGGUUGAGAAUAACCUGUUAACACCAACACUAAAGCUGAAGCGCCCCCCGGUGGUGAAGCAGUAUCGCCAGCUUCUGGAUGAGCUCUACGCCCAAGCUACGGCGGAAGAUUGGGGAGCUUGGCAACACUCGUCCUUGCCAUCUUCCAGAUGCAUAUGGACAAAUUGCACCAAGUGGUCAAAUUUUCAACCAACAGUUGCAGCCCUUUUCCUAAGAACCAUGCGCCUGUUCCACUCCUCCACCUCCUCUCUCCUUGUCCUCCUCUCCUCCGUUGUGGUGACAUCCGCCUUGACGGUCGUUAUUCCCCCUUCAAAUCUUCUUCCCAACCCCAAUGCUCUCCCAUCCGGCACGCACGCGACUCUUACGUCCAUACCACCGUCAACGCAACCCAAGACUGGCCAUGCCUCUCCUCACUCAUUGACUGCCCCGCUGACGCGCUCCGCGACCUUCAUCCUCCAGGGCCUGUACUCCACGGGGAAGCCCGAGUCUUACCUGCUUGAUGUCCGAUCCGCAGAAUACGUUUUCACGCCCUACCGGGUCGAUGUCGCUGCAGACGGUACGGUGCUGGGCGUUUGGGAGACAUUUCGUGGGAACCCAUGGGAGAACCGUGGCGCGGAGAGAUACAUCCUCGAUGCUGCUUCUGUGGAUGCGACCAAGUUGUCUGAAGUGGUAGUGGAAGCUAAAGUUCUAGCUAGAAGAGGCUUCUACGAGGAACGAUCUAAAUUCUCGCCUCUUGCUUUGUUUAAGAACCCUAUGAUCUUGCUCGCCCUAGUUGCUCUGGGGUUUACAUUCGGAAUGCCGAAGUUGAUGGAGAAUAUGGAUCCCGAGAUGCGUGCCGAAUUCGAAAAACACUCUCGGGCCUCUCCUAUCUCCGGUGCAACUCGGAGUGCCAUCACCGGUGGUGGUGGUGCACCAGGCAACUUCGAUUUCGCAGGGUGGAUGGCUGGCGCCCAUCCGAGACCAGCAGGUCCAGAGCCCGCUGGCCUCCAGGGAGUAGCGACUGGCAGAGAAGGUGGAAAUGCACGAAGACGAGGAUAA